AUGAUUGUUCAAAGCAUUGGUGAAAUUAUUGAGGUUGAUCCAUCGACAUCCAUUUCAACCAUCAUAGCCCACAUCAAGUCCACCAUGGGUUAUACAAUUAGUUACAGAAAGAGAUGGUUGUCCAAGCAACAUGCCAUUGAGAAUAUCUUUGGAAACAGGGAGGAGUCGUACAACAAGUUACCAGGUAUGUUGCAAGCAAUGCAAAUGUAUGUUCCAGGUUUUAUUUGGAAAUUAAAUACGCAACCAGCUUACCAAGGUGGCAUAUUGGACGCGGGGAGUGUUAUAUUCAAAAGGUUAUUUUGGACCUUUAAACCAUGCAUUGAUGGUUUUGCCUUCUGCAAACCAAUUGUACAAGUGGAUGGUACCUUUUUAUACGAGAGAUACAAAGGUACGCUAUUGAUCGCAGUUGCGCAAGAUGGUCGCAACAACGUAAUUCCUAUUGCAUUUGCUGUUGUUGAAGGUGAAACUAGCGAUGCAUGA